AUGGCCGCCUGUGAGGAGGGGCCGGUGGAGCUGCAGUCGCCCUUCCUGGAGAUGCCGGAGCUGCCGGAGCUCUUUGCGGCUCUGGGCGAAGGUAUGGGAGGUCCACCACCUGGGAUCCCUGCAGCACUCUGGGGCAGCAUGUGCAAAAAGCGCUUGCAAGAUAUGCAUGAAAGCAAUCAUCUCACGGUGUCAGAGCGCGAGGAGCAUUUGACCAAGAGGCAAUUCCACGUGCCUGGCCGGGGCAAGAGAACCUUAACGUUGCAGGAGGAUCCGACAGGCAAGUUCGGAGGUUCGUGUGGCUCGGGCACGGUUCUGUGGCCAGCAGCAAUGGCUUUGGUCGAGCAUUUAGAUGGGGAGGUGGAGAAGAGUUGCUUGAACUGCCGAGUCCUGGAGCUUGGCGCCGGCGUUGGUGCCGUGGGCCUCUUCUUAGCACUCUUCAAAGGCUGCGAGGUGUGGCUCACCGAGGCGCCCGAACAGCUACCGCUACUGGUGCGGAAUGUGAAUGAGAAUUCGCCAGAUGGACUGGACCUGCAGGUUGCACCUCUCAAGUGGGGUGACAAAGAGGCACUUGAGCAGCUUGCAGCUCUUGGCCGUUUUGACAUGAUUGUUGGGAGCGAUGUGACUUACCGUCCGGAGUGUCUCAGUGAUUUGCUGAGCACCGCUCACCAGCUCAUGUCCCCACAGGGGCGCUUUUUUUCUCAGCCUUCAAGACCGGCCAGGUGA